AUGAGCUCUCAGAUCCGUCAGAAUUAUUCCACUGAAGCAGAGGCCGGCGUCAACCGUCUGGUUAGUAUGCAUCUGCGGGUCUCUUACACCUACCUGUCUUUGGGCUUCUAUUUCAAUCACGAUGAUGUGGCUUUGGAAGUUGGCGAAGGAGAAGACGUGCAGAAGCCCUCCCAAGAUGAGUGGGGAAGAACCCUGGACACUAUGGAAACCACCCUGGCCGUGGAGAAGAACCUGAACCAGUCUCUUCUGGAUCUGCACGCUGUGGGUGCUACCCACACAGACCCCCACCUCUGUGACUUUCUAGAGACUCAUUUCCUCGACGAGGAGGUGAAAAUUAUCAAGAAGAUGAGCGACCACUUGAUCAAUGUCCGUCGGAUGGCUGGUCCCCAGGCAAGGCUGGGCGAAUACAUCUUCGAGAGGCUCACUCGCAAACUCGACUAA